UGUGAGUGACGUUUAUGGUAAGGAAUGACGAGCGGAAAUCUUUGACCAGGCACGACUUUGGAAGGUGAUUCUGGGGUUUUCUUGGUGUUGCCCUCUGGUUCACCAUCACCAUCUAGUACCACCACCAUCACCAACAACAAUACCAUCAACUGUUACUUACAUUACUACUACGACUACCAUUGCCACCAUCACCAGUACUACUAAACUGCAACAACAACAUCAACAACAACAACAACAUCAUCAUCAGUCACAACACCAUGACAGCGACACACCGCCACUGACCACUGCCUUGCUAAUCACGGGCUGCAGACACUGAGCCACGGGAGUCACUUUGGGAGGACUGACUGGCUGACUGAGUUACUACGUUCCAUAAAAGUGAAAUUGCAGUUUCUCGAGUUGAUCCGAUGCUCAGCCAAGCAUACGAGGAGAAGGAGGAGAAAGAAGAAGAGAGACAGUUAAGGAGUACUUCCAGUCAGUAAGGCCUGAGCCACCAUCGAGUAAGGAGCUUUCUCGCCAUCCUUUCCACUCCGCCUCACUCCCUCGCUCGCUGCGCUGCCGGAUCUCUCGUCUUAGUAACGGAGCAGCAUUUCUCCCCUCCCGGUGCCUCGUCCAAGCUGUGUCUUACGUUCCAGCCGUCGAGAAGUUCUUAUUUAUAGGUGUUAAGAAGUUUUUGUUUAUAUCAUUCAAGAGGAGAGUUCUGGGCCCCGAGCACCGCCCUUGUCUCGCCCGCCUUGGGGUUGUGAUGGCACCGUGAGGGAGGGAGGAGCAACCCAUCGUGCCCGUGACCUCAAAAUGUCCCCAACUUUGCUGUGGUUUCUCCUGGCGGUGACGGCGACGCUGGUGGCCGGGGAGGAAACACAGGCGGCGAAGGUCGGGAAGGAUGACACACAUGAUAACUCGACCGUCCUGUCUCCCGCUGAGGAGCUUCUGCAGGCGGCUAGGAAGGCUGGAUACGAACUCACGCUGGAGCGGCUGGACGAGGCAGUGGCCGCUAGUGACGAGCAGGUGAAUCAACUGAUGCCGGCGCCCGUGGCUGAGGCGUUCAUCAGUCUGAGGCGCAAUGACAACAUUGACGUGAUCAGAGAGAAAAUGAUUGGAAUGAUCUUCACUGGACAACCCCGUCCCUUGGGCCCCGCACCACCGCGUCUUCCUCACCAGAUGGGAGGUCCCCCACUCUCCCGCCGCCAGCACAUCCCCCCCCGCCUCCACCCUCCCCGCCCGCCCCAACCCACCACCACCCUCCUCCAACAGACGGAACCCCUUCUCGAGGUUUCACGUGCAGUUCAACCCGCAAGGAGGUGUUGGUUGUACAGUAGAGACGGCAGGUGUUGGUUGUACAGUAGAUGCGGGAGGUGUUGGUUGUACAGUAGAAGCGGGAGGAGGUGUUGGUUGUACAGUAGAGACGGCAGAUGUUGGUUGUACAGAAUACAGAAGGGGAGUGUCAGGCCAAGUGGUCUCAUGUGUCACUGGUCUCGGUCUCACCCUGGCCGUGUCUCCCCAGAGGUGCCGUCGCCGCAAGAAAUCCUGAAGCCGCUGCCAUUCGAGCCCGGCCCCACAAUGGUCAAGUUCCCGCCACACCAUCCCGCCCCGGCCCCUGCUCCGCCGCGCCAGAACCCCGGGCCGCCCCCAAGCUUCUCGAAACCCGUUGAAGACUUCAGCAACACUGUUGGGCCAGACUUCGGCCCCGUCACCUUCACGGAGUUCGGGGGACCAAACUUCGGCUUUCAGAACAACUUUGAAAAUGAUUUUGGAGAGUUCAGCUCAGAGAAGCUUCACCCGAGGCCCCCGCGACCCUCCCCCGGGCCGCGGCCUUCCCCACCCGGACCCAGGCCCCCUCCACCGUCCUCCAAGCGCCCUCCCACGCCGCACAGAUCCCCACCACGCCCAGCUCCACCUAGAUCCACCUCGCACCCACCAUCCCGCCCACCGCCUCGCACGUCUUCCCGUCCACGCCCGAGCGGUUUCAGCAACAGCGGGAUUUUAGACGGCAGAGGCGAGGGCUGUGUCAAGUACACAGAGGACAUCUGUCUGGACACCGAGAAGUACCCGCACGAAGCCAUCCUGUCAUCGCUGGUGCAUGACCCCGCCCGCGCACGCAGUAUGGUGGCCGAGGUCAGGUCGCAGAGCGCUGACGAACUUGUGGACGGUGUGACGGCGGCGCAAGAAUCCAAAUACGACUUCCAGCAUUACUUUGGCAACAGACGCACGGGAACUGAUAACCACGUGCAUCGGGACUUCGCGCAGGACGGUGGCUUCCUCUGCCCCUCGGAAGUGAAGUACGCCAGACCCAAACGCGCCAGAAACUCUAAGGGCGACUGGAAAUUCGUGGUCAACAUGGACAAGUACACACAGACGAUACGGAUGGAAAAGUGCCUGAAACCAGGUGGGGCGUGCAGUUAUGUGUCGCACCAUUACCGCGCCACGUGCAACCAGGUGUACAACUACCACCGUCUGCUCUCCUGGGAGGAUGGCAGAGGACUCCACAUGGAUAUCUUCAAGGUCCCCACGUGCUGUUCAUGUCACAUCCAGGGCUACGCAUAUAUCUUCCCGCCCCUAAGCCGCCAUCAGAACACCGCCUUUUCGGAUCUCAACCCCCAGUACCUGCCCGGCCCCACAGACCUCGAGGCCCCAGGUAGCAAGAAGGAAGAGGAGGAAGGGAAAGCCUACAGUCCCGUCAACUUUCCCAACGUUCCUCACAUCAACCAGAGGAGACUACCUGCGCCACGCCCUCCCCACGGCCGCCCCACGCCCACCAAAGAGAUAAGAAGGCGGACGCAGGAGGUUGAGAAGGAAGGCGAGGCUGUGAAUCGGAGGCCGGAGGGUGGCAGGCGGCCUCAGAAUGGUGCGGAAUCAGAAGAGGACAGAGUGAACUACGGCUACCAUCCCAUCAUUGACUUCUUCGAUCAAUAUAGUCCUGCUGAAGAACACCAAAGAUAAGAGGGUGUUGACAACUGGACGGAGAUAGAGGGGGGGGAGUGAAAGACUGGAGAAGCGAAAGCAAUGUUGGAAAAGAAAAAGGGUGCAGAAUGAAUGAUGAAUGGUGAAUGCUGCAAAUGAAUAGAUAAAAGUGAAAGAUGAAGGAAAGCUUUAAAGUAAGAAAGGAAGGAGAGAUAAUGAAAAAAGCGUCUUCUUUUCAUCCGAUCUCUCAUUCCUUUCCUCUCCCCCUGUCUCGCUUUAUUUUGGUGGGUCCGGGUUCCACAUAUAUUUAUUGAAUUCCUUCCAAACUUAUUUAUUCCUCAGCUGUUGUAUGAGAAACUUUUUUUUUUGGCAAAUUUAUCUUUACGACCACAGGACUGUUAUUUAUUUAUGUAUAACUGUUGGCUACGAACUCUCUUGUUGUUAUGGAUUUCCUGACCUUGCCUGUUCCUUUUUAUUGUACCUGUUGGAGAAAUUGUUACUUGUGAUUAAAGUCUUCCGGGACACGAUGAGUUUACUAUGUACCCAUAAGCUAUAGUUGUCCCUUAAAAUCAAAAGGAGAAAAUAAACAAGUCAUUUAUCAAACUGGAAGAGCCGAGCCUUGUCUCGAAACUACGUGCGCUGAGAUCGAAGCACAUAAGAGUGGUUUACGAAGCUGUUUCAGAUCGUGUACGAGGGAGGACAAGGACGGUGCCAUUACAGUCUCCGGCAAACCAGGGAAAACGGAAGAUGUACGCUGCGGCUGUGAAAAGGAAACGUACCGAUGGAGGCCCAGGACAGGUGACCAUUGGCGCGGCGGCCGCCUGCGCCGCUGCCACCACCACCACCACCAACAACAACAACAACAACACACCUAGAUCUCGUUCCAUUUCGCUGCCUGGCGUGACUUUCCACGGCGGCUCCUCCCCCCACGGCACCUCCUCCAUGGUUGUCCUUUCGCCCACCUCCUAUACGCGGCCUGCCAAUACCGACGCUAGAUCUGCCCCGACUUCCCCGGCAAGGAUGCCGUUCCCUGAAGGAGCACAGGCCCAGGAACACCCACGGGCCUUGUACAUACCUGAUGAUCCCUACCCGAGGAUGUAUGUAGCCGGGAGCCCCAAGCCGAUGGUCAUGUAUCCCAGAGGCAGUACUGUCAGCCAGGUCAGGUUCAAGCCUUCCAAGCCCCAAUAAUGUUCUGAAGGGGCAUGUGUAGAAGACUUGGCGCCUCACCGACAACGAGGGAAAUUACUGUUGGAUUUUUAAGGUUUUAUAGGUUUUAAACUAAUGAUCUCGUGUUAACAAAGGUCAGUUUUAAGAAACUUUUUAACGAGCCUGCUAGGUCUCUCUUACCAGGAGACAACGGCAACAGGCGUAACGCACAGUGUUCCUCUGUAUGUACUUGACGUGAAUAAAAGUUGUCUCACUG